UUAGUUAUGCUUGUGUGAUUGAGUUGGCAAACUAACUACCCUAGUUGCUUAUGUUUUUAAAAUUAUAAGAAGUCGAUCUGCAUUAUUCAACGUGUGUUGAAUGUUGAGUACUCUGUUUGUGUCUUGCAUAUGUAUUCUCUUGCGGUUGUGACACUAGCUCUUUGCACAAUGGAUUGUCAUUCUUCCCUUACAGACAUUCAUAUCUGACUGCAUAUAGUGUUGUACAAGUUUGAUGAACCUUACCUCUAAGGAUAUUUUAAUUUUAUUUUUUAGCUUGGAUAAUUUUGUGAUCAGUUUAUUAAUUGAUCAUCCUGUAGGAUAUUUUAUGCACUAAUGUUAUAUAAUAUCAUGAUUUAGCUGCUAUUUUUCUUGCAGCUGUUGGUUAUAUUUCUGAACUUAUAGACUGACACUCCUAGUCAGAAGCUGCGGAGUACUCCGUAUUCAGGUUCCUGAUUUUCUGAACUGCAAUGCAGCGGGAAGCCAAAACUGAACAAUAAUGUUAGCAUUGAAAGGAAGUUACACCUACCUUACACCAUUAUCUUCAACCUUCCCUUUGGUUUCAUCCAUCUUACGAACCUACCGUAAACCUAACUACACCUCAUUUCAUCGCUUCAAUUUGGUUGCAUCAUCUUCUUCUUCUGUCACUCCAAUUUCUACCUCACCCGUUUCCAUUUCUCACAAACCCCAAAUUCCUCUCUUUCUAAGACCACCCAUCUACUCUACAACUCUACUUGACCUCCAUAACUUCAUUACUUGGGCUAAAACCCUUGCUUUUUCAAUUGGGUCCACCUUUGCUGAAAUUGACAAUGGCCCAGAUUCUACUUUGUUGGUUAGAGAGCUCAAUUGGUUCCUUGAUGAUGCCAUUGAGGACCCUUUAAUUGUUUCCCAACUGGGUGUUUCUCAAAUUGGCAGAUUAUGGUCAAAAUCGGUGGGUUUGAGGGCAAGUUUGGAUGACAUGUACAAGCUUUGGAGGGGGAGGAUUGAGGAGAGAAGGCCUUUUCAGUAUAUUGUUGGGUGUGAGCAUUGGAGGGAUUUAGUGUUGAGUGUUGAAGAAGGGGUAUUGAUUCCGAGGCCGGAGACGGGGAAGAUUGUUCACUUGGUUGAGAAAGUUAUGGGGGGUGAAUUUGAGGAUUUGAAGGAUGGGGUUUGGGCUGAUUUGGGGACUGGUUCUGGUGCUCUUGCGAUUGCAAUUUCGAGGGUUUUGGGUAAGAAUGGAAAGGUGAUUGCUACUGAUUUGAGUCCGGUUGCAGUGGCUGUUGCAAGUUAUAAUGUGGAGAGGUAUGGUUUACAGGAUCUUAUAAAGGUAGAACAAGGAUCUUGGUUUGAGCCUCUUAAGGAAUUUGAAGGACAACUUGCUGGUGUUGUUAGUAAUCCACCUUAUAUACCAAGUGAAGAUAUUAGUGGGCUACAAGCUGAAGUUGGCAGGCAUGAACCUAUUCUUGCAUUGGAUGGUGGUGAGAAAGGCAUGGAUGAUCUUUUUCAUCUUUCCACGAGAAUGUCUAUAAUGCUGAAGCCUGGUGGUUUCUUCGUUGUUGAGACAAAUGGUGAAAAGCAAUGCAGGAUACUCACAGACUACCUGAAAAAUGCAACACGAAAUAGCUUCUGUGACGUGAACAUAAUUUCAGAUUUUGCUGAUAUUCCACGGUUUGUGACUGGACGUCGUAGAUAACCAGAUACAUUACAUGUUAUGUGAUGAAAGGUACCCUUAUGGCUGUUAUGUGCAUGUUAUCUGAGUAUCUGACACUUCAGCAUUGGUUGGUGUUGUGUUUAGAUUCCUUCUGCUGGCACCUGUUCCUUAGGUCAUGUGUUUUAAAUCAAGGUAUAAAUAUCCAGGAAGAUGCUGCUAUCUGGCUGGUUUGCUGCUACUAUUGUCUUUUUGGUUUGCCAUAACACCAGGCCUCCAUUCCUCAGUCAUAGUCUGGUCAACAUGUUAGCUUUCAGCUUAAGCCAUAGGUUUGUUAAAUGCUAAGAAGUUGGGGCUGAUACUAAUCUAUUUCUACAUAAUUUGAGAGCAAAUAUUGGUUUGCCAUAACACCAGACCUCUAUUCCUCAGUAACUCACAAGUUCACUCUACUUGCUUUGAUUUUGAAGACAGCUGCUUGACAAAACAGCCAAUAGUUGGAGAAAAAUGACAUGGCAAGUCAAGUACUAGAGACCAGGCAGUUGAGGUGCUUACUUUUUCUAAUCAAGCCAGGUACUAUUUCUGAAAUGGAUAUCCACUUGUGCAGAUAAUUUGGUGCAUCGAUUCAGGUGAUUGCUGCUAUAGUGCUAUCUUAACCUUUUGUCUAAAUAGCACUUGGAAAAAGAGAAUACCUAGUCUAAACUGUAAAGUCCCAAUACCUCCUUUCCUGUGUUGUUUCGGGAAGUAAAACCAUUUGUUGCAGCUUUACUCGGCCAAGAGAUAAUGCAAAUUUUUUUUUUCCUCAGAUUCUGUAAUGUGAUACAAAUGGAAACACAUAACUCAGAAUUUGUAAUAUUAUAUAAGUGGAACAAUAUAUCUCGAAUUCUGUAAUGUCAUAUAAGUGGAAAAAUAUAUUUGCAAUACAAUUACUGAAUAAUUGAAUUA